AUGGAAGAAACAAAUAAAUAUUUUAGAAGCAAAAAUAUAAAUUUGAGAAAUAUAUGGUUUUCACAAGCAAUAAAAUUUUAUAAUACAUCAAAUUUAACUGGAAAUAUAACAAAUUUUUUGAUUCAAAAUUGGCUAGUAUCUGAUAUCCGAGAAACUACCAUACCAAAAACCUUGCCAAUAUUAAAACGUACAAGUGGACAAUUUUCAGCCAACCAUAUACUUCAGAUAAAUUCAAUAAGGCGAAUUGAUACUUCAUUUUUUUCACAAUAUAUUACUUUAACUGAAAAGAAAAUAGAUUUGUCAUUUUUUUAUGGAAGUAAUGAUGAAAAUCAAAAUGAAAAUCAGAAUGAAAAAAAAAAAUCUUGUUUAAAUAAUAUUGAUAAGAAAGAUAAUAAAAGAUGUUUAAUGUUUGAAUUAUUUGAUGGUGAAAAUACAUACUUUGGAAUCGAAAAUGAAGUUAUAGAUUUUUUUUCAACGUCAACUCCGCCUGGUGUAAAAGUGCAUAUAAUUGGAAUGAUAAAAUUUCAAAAAAACAUAAUAUUUUUAAAUAAAUCAUCUAUUGUUUUAAUUGGAGGAGAAGUUGAAAGUUUAUACAAAUCUAAUAACAGUUUAAAUAUAUUGAAAAGCGAAUUAAAGUUUGUAAAUCAACCGCUGUUAACAUGCUUAAAAAAGAAUGAAUCAUUUAUUUUUUCAUACAAAAGUCAAAAAGAAGAAGCCAUGGCAAAUAAAGAAAUAUCUCAAAUCAAUCAAAUAAAAAUAGAUAGUUUUAGUGAUAUAGAAAAAAAUAAUCAUAAUGAAGAAUUUUUAAACAAUAAAAAAUUAUCUGAAGAUUUUGAGAACAAUGUAAUUAAUGCAAACAAUUCUUCAUUUAGCUAUUUAGAACCACUUGGUACGCCCAAUUUAAGUGAAUUUAUUAUUCAUCCUAUUCCUAAAGAUAAAAUAAACACUCAUACAAUAAAUGAUUCAACUAGUAUAAAUGAAGAUGUCAUGAUUUCGACUUUGCAACAACCAAAACAAAAUCAAUCUUCAAUCCAAAAUUUACUUAGCGUAAGUCUAACAAAAGAUUCUGAAAAUAGUAAAAAAUGUAAUUUAAAAAACGAAUCACUAGAAUGUAAAAAAAUUGUAAAUGAGCAAAUCCCUUGUACUUCUAAUUUUAACCAUAGUGAAGAUAAAUGUUUAACAAUAUUUCUACCUGAGAAUACUAAUAAAAACUCUUUUUUAAAUACAUAUGAAAAAAAGGAUAUUAGUAAUUAUGAUAAAGAGAAUAUAUUAAAAAGGCAAUUUAAUGAUAACUAUGAUUUUUUCAAUACUUCAAUUGUUGACAUAAAAAAAAUGAAAAUGCAAAAAAAUGAAGAUAAUUUGUCUUUUGAAAAAAUUGUUUCAAUUCAAGAAGCCAUAAGAUUAGCAUCAAUUUCUUUUGCAGCAUAUCACGCAACAGUGAAAGGUGAAGUUACAAAGAUAAUUAACAAUUUAUCAGUUGAAGAUAAUCAAUGGACAAUGAAAGUUGCGAUAAUUGAUGAUAGUAAAACAUCUCUAGAAUGUCUACUAGAUAAUGUGGUAAUACAAGAUUUUUUAGAAAUGACAGCUGAAGAGAUACUACUUUUAAGAAAAACAAAUUUUACACGACAAAAAGAAAUUGCAAAAAACCGAUUAAAUUGUUUACUUGAACGACUAAAAUUAAAAAACUUAGUCUUCAAUAUUCAUAUUUUUGAUUCUUCACUUAUUACACCUGUAAUAGUUAAAAUAAGAACAUUUAACCAGUUUAUAUAUAAAAUUUGUUAA